AUGCUGUGCACAGGAAGAGUAGCAGCAACAGCAGCAGCAGCAGCUGCUGCUGCUGCACCUGCAAGUGAGGGAGGGGCCACACGGUAUUGCAUGACAGCAAGCCAUAGUACUGUGAGGCUGUGGCGGCAACACAAUCGUGCUGCAGCAACAUCCGCUGCAGCAAGAACAGCUACGCCAACAGCAGUAGCGGCGACAGCAGCAGCAGCAACAGCAGCAGGGGGUGUCGCCACUUGCAACAUCAAAAGCAUCUGCAGUGCCUCGCGAGGUGUGUGGCUGAACUACUGCUGCUGCUGCUGCUGCUGCCACUGCAGCAGCAGAAACUGCAGCACUCGCCGUUGGUUUUCCGUACUGCGGGACCCCCAGCCGCUACAGCGCGUCCUUGCAGAACUUUCUGCUGCUGAUGCUGCUGUUGAGAAGGCAGCUGAUGAGAGCAGCAGCAACAACCUACAAGGCGGUGAGGAGGUGCCUGAGGAGCCCUACUCGUCUUCCUUCCAGGCAGCAGAGGAAAGCUGUCCCAACAGCUACGCAAGCAGCAGCAGCAGCAGCAGCAACAACAGCAGCAAGAGGGUUAAGAGCAUCAUCGUGGAUGCAGGCGAUGACAGUGACGGGUCUCCUCCUGUACAGGCGCAUGCCGAGAUUGUGCUGUCGAAGGAGCAGCAGGAGAUGCUUGCUGCAGCAGAGGCUUCCGCUGCUGCUGCUGCUGCAGCAGACAGGCAGCAGCGCUUCCUAGAGUCUGUUGCUGCUGCUGAAACAAAAGAAGGAGGGCUGCGCUCAGCGCUUGAGCAGUCAUUUGAAGCUUUGCUACCGCCCCACGUGACUGCAGCAGCAGCACCACCCGCCGCAGCAGCAGCACCAGCGCAGCCUCAAGCAGCAGGGGGAGCAGCAGCUGCAACAGCAGCAGCGGAAGACGAAGGAGGUGGUUUUAUUUGGAAUGAUGCAGAAGAAGGAAGCCUCACUCCUGCACAGCGGUUUUACAGGGACAAUCGGGAGCUGCUGCUGCAGCGUGCUGAGCAGUAUCUGCGGGGCAAGCACGCAGCAGCAACAGCAGCAGCAGCAGCAGCAGAGGCUGGCGAUGCUGCUGCUGCUGAAGAAGAGGAGUGGGACGAUGCUGCAAGGACGCUUGAAGAGGAUUGGAGAGCAUAUUUCAAUCCCGUAUAUAAGCAGCCAAAGGGCUUCAGGUGGCCAGUUGCCGAUACACCUGAAUCUGCUGCAGCUGCUCCUGCUGCACCUCCAGUGUACGCGACCUUGCAGCCACAGAUCACAGCGCAGGACAUGGAGUUCCGCAAGGGCCAAUAUCCGUCUUUGGAAGAAUUCAUGUCUCUCCUUGCGCAGGAAGGCGUCAAGGAUGUGGUCUGUUUAAAUCUCGAGGCUCUCAAUCGAAGAGACUUGGGGCUUGUUGCCCUCGUCGGCACUUGCGGAACAGCGGCUCACUGCAGGAGAGUGGCGCGGUUGCUGCGGUCGAUAAUAAAGUCCCUGGAAAUACCACUUGUCUCUGACAGCUGCAGCAGCACGAGCGGCAGCACAAGGCGGAACACUGCACGGAGGAGCAGCAGCAGCAGCGAGUGGUUUGUUGCCUGCCUCGGUCCAGUGUCUGUACACCUCAUGACAGCACCAGCAAGAGAUUUCUAUGACGUGGAGCGCGUGUGGAGCAGCAGGAGCGCGCAGCAGCAGCAACAGCAGCAACAGGAGCACGAAGGGUUUGAUGAAGAUUUGCCGCUACUGCCACCAACUGGCAAGCAAGGAGAUGAGUUGCAGCAACAGCAGCAACUGGUGCUGCAGCAGCUGCAGCAGCUGCAGGAGAAACACAAAGAGCAGUGUCCAUGA